GCGGCCCGUCUCCGACGCUAGCCGUGCCGUUGCCGUGGCAACAGCGGCACUGGGCAUCCAGCGCCGCCGCCGGUCUCCUAGCGAUGGUGUUGCCGUGGCAACGGAUGCCGCGGCCGGGGAGGCCCGUAGUGGCGUCGAAGCGGGGCCGCCGCGAUGAGCUCCUUGCUGGCCGAGGGUGAAGCCGCGGCCGAGGCCGACGUGGAGGCGGAGGGGGCGGUCGGAGGAGGAGGCGGCGGCGGCGUCCCGCGGGCCAAGGCCCCCAACAUCACCUCGGACGACCCGCAGGAGCGCAUCGCCGCCCGCCGCCUCCGCAUCGCCGCCCGGCAGGAGGCCAAGCGCAGGGAGGCCCUUGGGGAGGACCCAGAUGCACACAAGCUGGUGGAAGAGGAACAGAGCAGGAGCCACAAGCAGACAGAGGAGAGCAGACAGAGGCUGGCUAAGCUGCUGAUUGAUGGCACACAGCUAGUGACAAACAUCCAAGUGGCCGCUGAUUCUCGAGAGACACACCGGAGGUCAGAGGAAGAGGAGCUGAAUCGGCAGAGAGUUGAGAAGCUGGAGAACGAAGCCAAGGCCAACCAGGACAAGUUUGAUGAGAUCACUUCCAAGUGGGCUGCUGCUAAGGAGAAGACCAUCCCCCAGGAACUCUGGGAAGGGCUCAACCAGCAGCAGCAGCAGUGUGCGCUGCUGAUCGAGGAGAAGAACAAGCUCAUCAGUGAGUUGCAGCAGGAACUGAAGACCAAAGAUGACCAGUAUGUGAAGGAUCUCAGGAAGCAGACAGAAGACAUUAACCUGCUGCUGGAGCGGAUGGAGGAGCAGAUCCGGAACCUGAUAAAAAACUACCACCGAGAACUCUUGCAGAUCGAGAAAGCCUUUGAACUGGAGCGCCGGGAACUCCUCACGAGCAACAAGAAGAAAUGGGAGCAAGGCAUGCACACCCUCAACCGCCAAGAGCUGGAUUUCAUGAUGGCCCGCCUGAAGAAGGUGGAGGAGUACGAGCGGGAGCUGAACCAGCUGCGGGUGCAAGAUGCCGAGGAGUACAAUGUUAUCAAGAUCAAGCUGGAGCGUGAUGUGCAGAUCCUGGAGCAACAACUCCAGCAAAUGAAAGCCAUCUACCAACUCAACCAGGAGAAGCUAGAAUACAACUUCCAGGUGCUGAAGAAACGGGAUGAGGAGAACACCAUCAUCAAAUCCCAACAGAAGCGGAAGCUCAAUCGUUUGCACGAUGUCCUCAACAACCUGCGCAUAAAACUGGCCAAGCAGAUCAAGCAGUACCGUGAGGAGAACCUGGCGCUGACAGCUGACUACAAGCGGAUUGUGGAGCAGUACAAGGACCUGCAGAGGACCAUGAGACACUUUGCCAUUGUGGACGCUGAGCACUUCCUGGACGUGUGGCUGAUGAACGAGGAGGAGGCCAAAGACCUGAUCCGCAAAGCCUUCAGUGCCGACCGCGUCAUCCAUGCCCAGCAGCUGGGGCUGCGCUGGGUCGAGCCAGAUGGCUGGUUCCUGCACAAUGUGGGGCCCAUCAUGCACAGCAAGAAGAUGAAAUCGGCCAGCGAGCUGGCCAAGGAGGUGAUUGCACCGGAAACAACCAAGUCCUUCCUGCCAGAGGGCUGCUCACGGGAGGAGAAGGAAGCAACCCUAGCAGAGGAGUGCCAAGAGGCUGGAGAUGCUGAGCCAGAGGUUAAAGCGCUCUGGUCCAUCUCGGCCAAGACCGUCAAGCACAUCCUGGAGCUUCUGUGCAAUGAGUCGGGCUUCCUGAUUGAGAGCAAGCUGCGUGGCCUUCUCCAGCCCCUGGAGAAGCACGACUGUACCCUCAUGAGGUUGGACUCCAUCUUUACGGCCCUGUCAAUCGACAGCGAAGAUGAUGUGUAUCAGAUGGUCCAGUUCUUCAUGAAUUUCAAGGCUCAGCAAGUGGCCGCUGCUCCGGAGAUGGAAGCGUUCCUAGGAGAACUUGCUCGAAAAGAAGCACCUUUGGAAGCAGAGGCUGCGGAAGAGGCUGCGGCCUCUGCAGUUCCGCGGGUGGAGGGCAAAGGCCCCCAGGACUCAGCAGUGCCCCUCUCUGCUUUGUAUAUGCACCCAAACGACAUCCUCAAGGCCCUCAAAGCUUUUGUGCAGGAAUUCCAGGAGCCAAGGGAGAAGCGCCCCCAGGUGAAGAAAGUGCAUGACGAGAGGGACAACUCGAAGGACUCGGAGUACUGGGACACCCUGGCCCACGUCAUCCCGGACGGAAAGCUGAAGCUCUGGGAGGCGCUGAUUACAGGCCUGCAGAAAUACUAUCACAUUCUGACUCAGAGGGCAAAACUGAUCACAGAGACGGAUGGUCUCCACCAGCAGAACACAGAACUCCGGAUGCUGCUACAACAGUAUCUCCAUUCCCCAGUCAAUGCUGAGCUGCUGAUCCCUCCCACUCAUCUACUGCAUCUGCAGAUGAAUACCUGACGUUCUCCUGAGCGAGAGGUUGCCGGGUUGGUUGCUUCCCCAGCAUCUUCGUCCCAUGGAUUAGAGGCAUCCCAGGAGCCUUGCUUUAUUCCACAAGGCAGGCACCGGGGAGGAUAAGCAGAUGUCGUUCCCUCAUCUACACUUGAGUGCUUAGCUAGAGAACACAUUGGUGAGUAGCCACUGCCUAGGGGCAAGACGCUCAGUGGUUUCCUUGUGUGGCAGAGGCAGCACGCACCCAGAGACUUUUCCCGCAGCGACUGGGGCAUCCUAAACCUGUUAUGUAAACAUUCUGGCAUGUGUCCAAAAGGGGACUUUUAAACAUCCUGAAAAAUCCCCACCUGACACGGCUCAGAGCAUUCGCAGAACCAACAAAACUCAGUCGUCCAGAAAUGCAGGCGUUGCUCUGUACCUCAACACAGACCUUUAGAGAGAGGUUUCCAAGUGUCGUAAGGGAG